UCGAGUUUAUGACUACCCCUCCACAGGAGAUAAUCCUCUGAGCUGCGACAUUAAGCAUAGGCUGAUCAUUUUAUUUAUAUCAAAUACAUAUUAAUCCAUUCUCUUGGGGAUAUAAAGUAACCUGUACGUUGCCAAACAUUUCAAACGUCAGAGCGUGCAUUCAUCUUAACCGUUAACAUUAUUAUUACCCCCAGAUUUUCAGGUUAUUUCAACGACUGGAAGCAGAGAUGCUCGGGAAACAUUUUCUCUGGAUUUGUCUGCUUUCGGCGUCUCUUCCGUCAUCUUUUUCUGAAGACUUGAAAAGGGAAGCGCAGAAACAACAUGAGAAUGAUUCAGUUUGGAGUGAAGAAAAACCAAGACUUUUUGUCAGGAGACGGAUUUGGCCACACCAGAGAAACCACCAGGCUGCAAAAGCCAAGCCGGAGCCUGUGGCCCCAGUGUGGCGAUGUGGUCGUCUGAUGGAGAGCUGUGCCCAGCACACCCCCUGCUGUGACCCCUGUGCCUCUUGCCGCUGUCGCCUCUUCAACACCAUCUGCCACUGCUGGAGACUGGGCCCGCACUGCCCCAAGAAGACAUAGACUGGGCCCGCACUGCCAGAAGAAGACCUAGACUGGGCCUGCACUGCCCAAAGAAGACCUAGACAAAACAUCACAUAUAAGACACACACUUGCACAAACACACAGACACACACCCACAAACACACACACAUAAUCUACCUCUCAACUAGAGAUCACACAGGUGGACAUACUUAUUUUGUAGACCAGGGGUUCCCAACCUUCUUCCACCAGGGCACCAUGUUUUACAAUCGAUAAAACCUCCCCCCCGUUUGUUUCCUUUUCAGUGGGGUGGUGGGGGUUCCACAGAAUAGUAAGCUGGCUUGCUAGUAACGGCUAACUGACAGCAUCGUUUGUAUUUCGAAAACCAACAUAUGUCUGCAAUAACAGUGGAAUGAUGGCAUUUGACCAGAAAAGAUGCAUCCUCCUCCUCCAAUUAUGUCACCAAGACGCGGUCAGCUCUCCUCUAACAAACAAUAGCAGACAUGGGCAAACAAAAUCCCUCUGACACUUCCUGGUUGCUGACAUUCAGUUAAUUCAGUUUCUGUUCAAGCGAGAAAACAGCCACUGAAUGGUGUGGUAAAACAAGGUGCCCUCUAAAUAUAUGUUUUAUAUUUUUUUGAGAUCUGAGAUUUCUCAAGCUUUUGUAACUCGAUCAUCGAAAAGUAAAAGUAAGUACAGCGAGUGUGCUCUUAGAGGAGACUUGGUUUGAUUGUGAACUGUCGUGGCUGUAAUUCAGCAAACCUCCACCAGGUGGGAGCAAGCCAGGGAUAUCUCCUUGAAGAUUACAUUGUGAGUGAGCACCUAUUAUAUUCUAAAAACAAUUAUUAUAUUGAAUAAAAUAUAAUUAUAUCUAUUUAUCUAUCCCUCUCUAUAUAUAUUUAUUUUACCCCUCAAAUCAGGUAUGGCGCAGAAACCCCCGCACACAGGAAGCUCAGGUGUCCCAUUCUGGUGGCACUCCCCCUAGGUUGGGAAUCCCUACUGUAGACAAUCACACACACUACAAGAGCACGGACAUACAGUACUACAUAGAUACCAAUUUUGGACCUGAUGAAUGACACAUUUUGUGGAUAUAUUGUUAGGGCCCGCAACAUUUUCUGUAUAUGUACCAAGACAUUGUAUAUCCAUGUUGUAAACAUGUAACAGUCGACCUCAUAGCUGUAUUAAUGCUCCUUUUGUUUAACUGUGCACCUCUGCUAGAUUCUGGGUCACGUUGAUCCAAUGCUAACCACAACAAAGAACAUCAAAUAACUUGUGACAAACAUUCUCUCUCUAUUUUUUAUAUUGAAUAAAUAUCUUUGUUAGCCUCA